AUGACUCCACCUCACUUCGCUUUUUCGGCAACUUUUAUUUUAGGAUUAGCAGGGCUGGUAUUUCAUCGAACACACCUCCUUUCCGCCCUUCUCUGCCUAGAGGGUAUAAUACUCUCCUUGUUCGUAGCACUCUCACUAUGGGCCUUACAACUAGAUGUCACUAAUUUCUUAGCCUCCCCCCUCCUUUUACUAGCGUUCUCAGCCUGUGAAGCAAGCACAGGCCUUGCCCUAUUAGCAGCCACUGCUCGAACCCACGGCUCUGACCGCCUUCAAAGCUUAAGCCUCCUACAAUGCUAG